CGCGAAUAUCGAACCUCCAACCAACUUCAUUCCAGUGCUGCGGGUCCUGUUUCUGUUCCUGUCGCGUGUUAAACAGUAGCCUGUACGUGGUCUGUAAUUCCGGUUAACAUUUAGUAGCACGUUUAUGGGCGUAGUGACAACUUUUCAGACGAUAUUGUGAUAGGUCGUUCCGGAGGGUGGAGCACAUUUGACAGAACAUGUUCCGGGUGACUAAAUAUUUCUCUGGAAUCAGUUCGACAGCUAGAAUCAGUAUGAAUGGCGCUAGAGGUUUCCUACGACUGCGACGUUAUUAUUCCAGUGGUUUAAGAGUCGCAUAUCACAGGACACUGGACAGAAUCGAGCUUAUGCUUCCGCCUAAACUGAGACCUCUGUACAACCAUCCAGCAGGACCUAAGACAGUUUUCUUCUGGGCACCAGUUUUUAAAUGGGGCUUGGUUUUUGCUGGCUUUUCUGAUAUGACACGUCCACCAGAAAAGCUGAGUUUAUCCCAAUCAUGUGUCAUCACAGCCACAGGCUUCAUAUGGUCACGGUACUGCUUGGUAAUCAUUCCCAAGAACUGGGCACUCUUUGCAGUAAACUUCUUUUUGGGCUUAUGUGGAAGUAUCCAACUCCUGAGAAUCUGGAGAUACAAUCAGCAGUUAAAGCAGAAAGAAGAUGAAGUGCAACAGUCCUGAAGCUGAAAGGAACAGAAUUUACUGGAUAACAUCAUGAAUUCAAUGAAACAUUGUGAAAAACUAAAGGGAGAGAAAACUGUAACAGUGUAGAUGGUUUUUUAUUUCUUAUUGCAAAUGUCAAGAAUCCAUAUUUUACAUCUUUACAUCAUAACUUGCCUUAAUGCAUUUGAGGUAACUCAUGAGUAUGAAGAACUGCACCAUUCUACUAUAGUCCAUUCAAGUUCCAUCUAAUGACUGCUGAAAUGUGACAGAUUGAAUAUAACAAUUAUAACAAUUACAUGUUCUCUUAAAUUCAAAUUUUUAUAAUCAAAUAUUGCAAUGAUCCGUAUUAGCUGUGAGCUAAGCCUUGUAAAUGUGGUCGCAAAUUUAAUCGUAAUGACUACUGAAAUGUGACAGAUUGAAUUUAACAAUUAUAACAAUUACAUGUUCUCUUAAAUUCAAAUUUUUAUAAUCAAAUAUUGCAAUGAUCCCUAUUAGCUGUGAGGCAAGCCUUGUAAAUGUGGUCGCAAAUUUAAUCGAUCCCUGGCUCUCAGGAACAUUCUUUUUUUUGUAAGCACAAUCUAAAAUAUUUAUUAACACGGUAAAAAGAAAUGUUGGCAAUAAAUAUUUGUGCACGUUCUUCUAAAAUCUUAGUUUAACUGGUGGCCUUUACAGGCAAUAUCUCAGGACACCUAUGUAAAGACAUCUAAUCAAAUGUUGACUAUCUUACAGCAAUAGUACAGCAACCACAGUUUAAGUUACACACAAACAGCACCAAUAACCGACAAAUUAAAUUUAUUUAUUUUUUAUUUCUAUGAAUUCUAAGAAAAGCAAAAACUGAAUGGGCUGUAUGUAUGAAGGAUUUUUUUUUUUAAAUGUCUAUUUCUCACGUUACUCACAAUUAUAGCAGCAGGGAUACAAACAGCCUAAAGAAUUCUUAAUAAACUGCUUCAUUUCAUUAAAGUAUGUUUUCACAUGUA